AUGUGCCAAGUUGAUUAUCGCGCUAAAUUAUGGGUGUGCAACUUCUGCUUUCAAAGAAACCCUUUUCCUCCACAAUAUGCAGCCAUAUCAGAACAGCAUCAACCUGCUGAACUCAUACCUAACUUUUCAACAAUUGAAUACACUAUCACACGGGCUCAGGCAAUGCCUCCGAUCUUUCUAUUAGUAGUUGACACUUGUUUGGAUGAAGAAGAACUUGGUGCACUUAAGGACUCCUUGCAAACAUCUCUUAGCUUAAUGCCCCAAAAUGCAUUAGUUGGUCUGAUCACAUUUGGCCGAAUGGUGCAAAUACAUGAAUUAAGCACAGAAGGCAUUUCAAAAUGCUAUGUUUUCAAAGGUACCAAAGAUUUAACCGCUAAACAAAUACAAGAGCAGUUGGCAAUUGGUAGAGUGAAUGCCCCCAAUCCGCAAGGUAGACCUGGCGCUCCUGCACCACAACCACCGGCGCAUCGUUUCCUUCAACCAGUUAAACAAUGUGACAUGGCACUGACAGAUCUGUUAAGUGAGCUUGGUAGGGAUCCAUGGCCCCUAGGUGUUGGUAAGCGUCCAUUGCGGAGCAGCGGCGUUGCACUCUCUCUAGCUGUGGGGUUGUUAGAAGUAACUUAUCCGAACACUGGAGCAAGGAUCAUGCUGUUCCUUGGUGGACCUUGCUCUCAAGGUCCAGGUCAAGUUGUCAAUGAUGAGUUGAAGCAGCCAAUUCGGUCCCAUCAUGAUAUUCAUAAGGACAAUGCAAAGUAUAUGAAGAAAGCAAUUAAACAUUAUGAGGCCCUGUCAUUAAGGUCUGCUACUAAUGGACAUUCCAUAGAUAUUUACUCUUGUGCAUUGGAUCAAACCGGACUAAUGGAGAUGAAACAGUGCUGCAAUUCCACUGGUGGUCAUAUGGUUAUGGGUGACUCGUUCAAUUCAUCACUGUUCAAGCAAACAUUCCAAAGAGUGUUUGCAAAAGAUCAAAAAGGUGAAUACAAGAUGGCAUUCAAUGGUAGUUUAGAAGUGAAGUGCAGCCGUGAACUCAAAAUAAGUGGCGCGAUUGGUUCUUGCGUGUCGUUGAACGUGAAGGGGCCCUGUGUUUCGGAGCAGGAGGUGGGCAUGGGCAACACAUGCCAGUGGAAGAUGUGCACAUUCACUCCCAGCACCACAAUGGCAAUAUUCUUCGAGGUGGUGAACCAACAUGCCGCCCCAGUGCCGGCGGGGGGGCGCGGGUGUGUGCAACUCAUCACGCAGUACCAGCACUCGAGCGGCCAGCGGCGCGUCAGAGUCACAACUGUCGCGCGCAAUUGGGGCGACGCCGCCGUGAACCUGCACCACAUAGCUGCCGGCUUCGACCAGGAGGCGGCGGCGGUGGUGAUGGCGCGGCUCGUGGUGUACCGCGCCGAGCAGGAGGACGGGCCUGACGUACUGCGCUGGCUCGACCGGAUGCUCAUACGGCUGUGCCAGAAGUUCGGCGAAUACGGCAAAGACGACCCGAACAGCUUCAGGCUGUCGGAGAACUUCAGCCUUUACCCGCAGUUCAUGUACCACCUGCGUCGCUCGCAGUUCCUGCAGGUGUUCAACAACUCGCCCGACGAGACCACCUUCUACAGGCACAUGCUGAUGCGUGAAGAUCUAACGCAGUCACUCAUCAUGAUCCAGCCAAUUCUGUACUCUUAUUCCUUUGGUGGGCCGCCAGAGCCAGUGCUCUUGGACACCUCCUCGAUACAGCCUGACCGCAUCCUUCUCAUGGAUACAUUUUUCCAAAUCCUCAUUUAUCAUGGAGAGACAAUCGCCCAGUGGCGGGCGCUGCGGUACCAGGACAUGCCAGAGUAUGAGAGCUUCGCUCAGCUGCUGAGAGCGCCCAUCGAUGACGCCCAGGAGAUCUUGCAGAGCCGCUUCCCCGUGCCACGGUAUAUCGACACCGAGCACGGCGGCUCCCAGGUAAGUCGUGAAGGCACCAGGUUGAAACUGGUGAAGUGUCUCCAUCGCAGAGAUUCACUUUUCUCCGUUAAAUAUAAAAUAACCAUGCCUAUUAAAUAUAUAAAUCCGAGCUUCGCGGCAGUCUAUGGACCUUGCACAGCGAUGGACUCUAACAAGGUC